AUGAGUAGUGAAAAUAAUGUUAAAUUCACUGCUCAAGAUUUAUAUGAUAAGAAAGCCGACAAAACUUAUGUUAGCGAUGAGUUAGAGAAGAAGGCAGAUAAGGAAUAUGUUAACGAAAUAUACCAAAGUUUGAUAGGAACAACAAAAAAUAUUGAAACUAUUGUUGGUGACUUUUCUGUCAAUGAAGAAAAUAAAUAUUUUAGAUGGCAGUUUGUACAGUCCUUAAAAAAUGGUACACGGUGUAAACUCAUUCCGAAAAAUAACAAUGAAAUGUAUGUAAGCUAUAAAAAGAAUGAUGGAACACAAGUUAAAGUUCCAUUAGAUAACAACUGUUACAUAAACUUAUAUGGAGACGAACAAAAGAAAUAUUUAAGAGUUUAUGAAAUGACAGAUAUGACAUUGCCUGACCCAGCUCCAGCACCAUAUUAUUAUGACUAUGGAGAUGACAAUAGAACACCACAUGUAGAUGAACAAAAGUUAACAUUAUAUUUAGAUUAUUAUAGAUAUAAAAGAUAUAAUGCAAUAGAAAAAACGAGAAUAGUAUAUUAUUAUACAGAUGACAGAAAUAAAUAUUAUAGUCAAGAUUUUACCCACCCUGAAAACAUAAGAUUAUAUUAUAAAAAAUAUUCUGACACAAACCAAAAGAAACCUGAAAUAGUUGCAUUAUAUUUUAAGUUCAAAAGAGACAAUCCUAUAUUAUCUCAUAUGUUUGAUUUAAUGAACCCAGUAGGUUCUAUUUAUACAUCUAUGGAUGCAAGAGGUCCUCAAGUAAUGUUUGGUGUUGGUGCAUGGGAACAAAUAGUCGACAAAUUUUUGUAUUGUGCAAACUCUUCAAAGGAAAUAGGUGGAAGUAAAACGAUUUCAGGUGAAAAUUUACCUGCACACAGUCACUACAUAGAUUUAAGCACAUCUCAAGCAGGUUGGCAUAAGCAUAGAUAUUGGGAUUGGUCAGGAAUGACAAAAGGUAAAGGAUAUGAUGUUAAAGACGACGUUAAGUUUGCUAUAAAUUGUUACUGGAGUGACACUCAGGGAGAAGGAAACCAUACACAUUUCGUUUCAGGAUAUACACAAACAACGGGACAAAGUAAAGAAUACAUGCCACCUUACAUGACAGUUUACGCAUGGUAUAGAGUUCAAUGA